GACCCAGGAAAAGCCCUAUGUGCGCCCCUAAAUUUUCUGCUUGCGCUCCUAAAAUUUUAAGUUAGGGGCCACUGUGCUCCUAGUAAAAAAAGUUAGUCUGGAGCCCUGUAAGGAUGGGUUAAAUGCAGAGAACUAAUUUCCCCUUGUGGAUUAAUAAAGUAUAUUCAAAAAAAAAAUUUGCGUAUAUGCGUUAAAAUAUUUUAGUGCGUUAAGGCGGCCAAAUUAAUCGCAUAGAUUAACGCAUUAACGCUGACAGCCCUAAUAUAUAUAUAAUUAUUACACAUUUAAUUGCAAACAAUUCGGUCAAAAGUAAAAAGACACCACUAUAGUUAGUUAAAGUUUAAUUAAAAUAUAAAUUUAUGAAUGUUAACCCUGUCAAACUGAUUUAACGUUGAUGUGAAUAAAUAAUAAACAGAAGUACACGUGAACACAAGCACGAGUCCAGAGAAGUACACAAGUACAGAGAAGUACACACAAGAACGCUGAUUGAGAAACGCUGCGAGAGACGGGCGGAGCUCCCGGACGUGACGUCAGACUGGCUCGGAGGCAAAGCGGAAGUAAACAGUCCGCUGUGUUUCCAGCAGCGCGAGCAGCAGGUGAGUGUUGCGCUUCGUUCAGCCGGUGAGCCCUGAAGCUCACGCGCCCGUGCUGCGUCACAAGGACGCAGUGAUGACGCCGCAGAACCGGCGGAAAAGCUCCGGUUAGCAUCGCGUUAGCGUCGCGUUAGCCUCGUGAUGCUACCUCCGUGAAGUUUCUGGAUUUAUUGGUGAUGUCAUCGGUGAGGUUCCGGGCCGUGGUUGCCGUGGCGCUGCAGCUGGGGGGCGUGGCCGUGAGCUCCAGCCUGUACUGUGGGGAGGUGGAGGGGCUGUGGGGGGUGGAGGCCUUCAUGGUGGAGCUCUACCGCUGUAAACUCUGUCAGUUCACCUGCGGCCUGAAGGCCUCCAUCAGCAGCCACCUGCAGGUCAGGCACCGCCCCCUCACGCUCACCUACCUGGAGGAGGGCGGCGAAGGGGGCGGGGCCGAGGACCGAGAGGGGGCGUCGCCCUAUCGGUUCGAUCUGAACGCGGAGUCGAAGCAGCGCGACGAGGACGAAGACUUCCUGCUCUACAACAUGCUGGACAGCAUGAGCCCGCCCACCUGUGACAUCAGCGGCGAGGGGGGGCUGCAAAUUGCGCACACCUGUGAGGUGAGCACUCUCUUCGAGGAGGAGUCCUCCAUGUUCCCUCUGAAGGGGGGUUCUGGGGAUCUGUCUUGUCCCAUCGACCCCCCCGCCACCCAGGAGGAGAUGGCGCAGUCCGCUCACCUCAUGACUUUGGGGCUGUGUCGCAUCUCGGCCACCAAACCUCCCCCCCCGCCCUCCCCCAGACCCCCCCGCCCUCCCCCUGAGGACUCCCCCUGCCUGUCUGAGCCCGGCAGCCUGAAGGAGAGCGAGACCGGGACCAGGACCGGGACCAGGACCGGGACGCCCCCCUGCAGCGGGCGGAGGCUGCCGUGCCCCCUGUGCCCUGCGGUGCUGCCUUCCAGGCGGCUGCUGGACGUCCACCUCCGGUCUCACCGGACAGCGGGCGGCUUCAGCUGCGUCCGCUGCAGCUGGACGGCCGACAGCUGGGAGGAGCUGGAGCCGCACUGGAGGCGCCACUGCAGGAGGAGGAGGAGGAGGGAGGAGCAGGAGCAGGAGAAGAAGAAGAAGAAGAAGAAGGCAGCAGCGUCCAGGCAGUACAGCUGUCCGGUCUGUCUGAGGAAGUUCAGGAGCGCCGCCUCGCGCAGAUCUCACACUCAAACACGCCACAGCGACCACUCAGACGGAUGGAGGAGCCGGCUGAUUGGACGAGCAGGAGAGAAGGAAGCGGAGCGUCUAGACAGCCAAUCAGAAACCAGCAUCCGUGUGUUGGUUCCCAGUCAGACCAGCAGACAGCCGAGUGAGGAGGAGGAGGAGAGGAAGGAGAAGAAGAAGAAGACCACGACCACAAGUCGUGAAGCAGAGGAGAGGCGGGGCAAGGAGACGGGGUUCUUCUGCCCUCUGUGCCACAGGAAGUUCUCCACCAAGUUGACUCUGAGGCGUCACCUGGGGACGCACGGCGGGGCGCGGCCCCACAGCUGCCCCACCUGCCCCUACCGCAGCCGGCUGAAGGCCUCACUGAGGCAGCACCUGAGGACGCACACAGGUGAGCGGCCCCACCGCUGCCCCCAGUGCCCCUACGCCUCCAGCGACCGCAGCUCUCUGCUCCGACACAGCCGGACGCACAGCCAGGAGAAACCCUACGGCUGUGAGCGCUGCGACUACCGCAGUAUCCAGAAGAAGAGUUUGGACCUCCACGCUCGCCGCCAUCACACCGGCGAGGCGUUCCCAUGCCAACAGUGUGACUACUCGAGUCCAGACCGCCAGCUGCUGCUGAGGCACGUCAGCAGACACCACGGUGACCUCACAGGGGAUCGGGCGCUCUGAUUGGACCACGGUGACCUCACAGGGGAUCGGACGCUCUGAUUGGACCACGGUGACCUCACAGGGGAUCGGACGCUCUGAUUGGCCCACGGUGACCUCACAGGUGAUCGGACACGCUUUAUUUUUAUUGGUUGUUUUUUAUCUGCUGGAUAUUUUCUUCUUGUUUCCAGAAUGUGACAAACUGACUUUGGAUGCACUUCCUUUGUGUUGGCUGCACUUCCUGUGUGUUGGAUGCACUUCCUGCCGGGUCAGUCUGAGCUGUGGAGCACGUGACGGUUUACUAAAACUCUUCUUAUGAACAUCAUAAUAAAGAUGAAUGAUUGGCUCCUGAUGCAUUCUGGGACACGAGGUCGCUGUUGCUCCACAUGAAGUUCAUCUAACUAACCCUCGAUAUAUGUUGAGCUGGAUCUGAGGGCCUCGUUGUGUGAGACUACAUUUCCCAGAGUGCAGCAGCAGGAGCAGCAGCAAUCAGUGUUGCUUAUUAGGAGCACCUGUGGGGAUGCUCUGAGACAAGCAGAGAGGACGCUUCAGGUCACGCCACGGUUCAACCCAAAGACGCCAAUGGUGAAAUGAUUUGUUUAAUUUCAUGGUGUUUAAAAAUGCUGAUUUUGUGUUUCAAAGAAUAUUUCAUUUUGAGUUUGGUAAAGUAUAAAAUGUUUAAUUUAAAAUGUAAUUCAUGUUCUGGCUUAAAGGUUACAACCUAAUUCACUGGCAGAGCAAUCAACGAACAAAAGAAAAAUAAAAGAAAGAUUAAGUCAGUAAUUUGAGUUGUCUUCACGUCCUUUGGGAACGGUGAACAGGAGCUGGACUUGACAAUAUAUAUACAUAUACAUGUGUGUAUAUAUACAUGUAUACAGGUCACACUGGGGUCACACAGAGGUCACACUGAGUGACGAGAACUAAUAUGUAAUGAGGGAGUGGACGGAGGAGCACCUGCAUUGAGGCUGAUGUAUAAAUAAUACGUCAAUGUGUUUGUUCAGGGCUUGGGAAACACAGAUGUGGAGGAGGUCGUUGUCUUUAACACCCAGACCAGGUUUAUUUGUGAAACUGUUGGUUACAAAUAAAUCUACGUGAAUUGAACUCUGA